UUCAUGAUGUAUGCAGAAUACAAUUUUUUUUAUUGGUUUUUUCUCUGUUACAGUAAAACCAUCUCAUUGGUACCCCAAUGAAAAUACUUCUGGACAAUGCAAAUCAUCAUCAAGCAGUAAUGAAUCGGAGAAUGCUGGUGCAUUACCUACACAGGACAGCUCAAGCGGUGAAUCACCGCAUCGAUACCCGAGCGAAAAUACUUCUGGACAAUGCGAGUUACCAUCAACCAUUAAUGAAUUGGAGAAUGGUGCAUUAAAUACACAGGACAACUCUAGCGAUGAUGAUUUCGCGGAUACGUUUGGAGAUGACACUCAUGAAGAUAGUGAGUACCUAGGUUCGCUAUCUGAUUCAUCUUCUUCGAGUUCUGAAUUUGAGAAGGACUCUUCUACACCGAAACGUAAAGAGAAUUCUACAAAUGUUAGAACAACUCCCAACGAUGACACCAGACGUUCCUUGGAAAUAUCGUUGACGGCCAAUGAAUAUGGAAAAUCGUCAAAGGAUGAUAAUGAUAUGUUCGUUCGUACUAGUGAAGCUACAAGAAAUCCUAAAAAUAAAAAGCUCUAUUGUAUGUUUUGUGGAAAAUUCCAAAGUAAAUUCGCUAGGCACAUUGAAUUGGUGCAUUCGAAUGAGACAGAGGUUAAAAAAUUUAUAAAAUUGAAGAAAGGUUGUACUGAGAGGAGAAAUAUCAUCGAGACCAUAAGAAAAAGAUCUCAAUUUUUUUACAAUACAAACCACAACGUCAACGAUGGUGAAUUGAUAGUAAGUCGAAGGCCUGGUAAGAAAUUGAACAAGACAGCAUCAGAUUAUAUUGCAUGUCAGAAUUGUAAGGGUUUCUACACGAAGAACAAUAUUAGACAUCAUGCAAAAAAAUGUUUCAACUAUGAUGGCUCCAGAAGCCGAACAGUUAUGGUGAUGGGGCGAAAGGUAUUAGGAAGAAUCCAUUCCGAUGCAUCCGAUAUCUUGCGAAAAGCUAUAUUUCCUGUUCUAAGAGAGGAUGAUGUUAUCAAGUCUAUCCGAUAUGAUAGACUUAUAAUUCUGUAUGGAAAUAAAAUGUGCUGCAAGUAUCGCUUGCAACACCAGCACGAUAUGAUAAGGGCGCAAUUGAGAGAGGAAGAUUCCUAA